AUGGUUAACGUCGUCUUUAUCAUCAUCAUCCUGGUGCUACAGCUGCAGAAAGACUGUCUUCAUAUAGAAUGGCCUAUUGGACCUAAGUACAAUCACACAGUGCGUCCUUGUCAUGGAGAUAUCAAAGAGGAGAUUUGGGUGGUGACUCGACUCCAGUUGGAACCUCUUGGACUAGUAUGUCAUCUGAGUCAUUUUGGUAAUAGAGCAAAUUUCUUUGCGAUGCUUUGCCAUCGAUUUGGCACUUUGGCUCACAUCAUAGCUUCAACGGAAUUGUUCUGCUUCCGUAAGACGAUUGGAAAGUUAAGUGAAGAUGAGUUAGUCGUCCAGAAUGCUGUGGAGAUUGCUAGGGAACUGCAGGCGAUCCGUGGGGUUGAUGAGUCAAGGGACGACGGACAGGGAGAGCAGAUCGGCCGCCGUCGUGUGGUACAGAAUCUGGAAUCCUCGCGUCUUUCUCUAAUGAAACGGAAAACGGAAACCCUUGAUGCGGCCUUCAAAAAAAGAUUUUUUGCCCUCUCUAGCGAAGUUCAAGAACCAGGUUUUUCCUCAAGAGACAGCCGACGUCGGUUAACGUUAACGAAAGGUACUAUUCGUGCUUUGGAGAAUAGGAGGGACUCUUUAUUUGGAACCAUGGAGAAGAAAGAUCAAGUGGGUGAUAAGCACAUCUUCUUAAACAUUUUCACAGGGUUUGAGCAAUUUUUAGCCUCCAUUCAACUUCGAUCAGGAAUCUCCAAACGCUGGGAACAGAGGGCCAGCUCAGCGGAGACUGGAGAGGCUCUUUAA